AUGAAAGAAGUACUCACAGCCCUACUGUUAAUCAAUGUCUACCAACUGCCGAACCUCCAAGCAAACGGAUAUCAUUCAGUGACUCUCAAAACGCCAGUGGAAGUCCACCGAGAAUGUCGGAAAAUAUUGCAAAUUCCAAAGGAUUCCCCCCAGGAAGGCGAGUGCGAGGAUCGCUGUGAAAUUCUUCUGGCUCGAGCUUGGGAUGACACCCGGGGUCCAGCUUACAACAUGUUGAGGGUAUUCUGGCGACCCUAUGACCCCGAAGACGAAUGUUUUAUCGAUCGAACCUAUCGUUGUUUGUUGUGGAAUCGGGACCAGUUCAAUCUGACUUCACCGGAACUGUGCCGGAGGGCUUCGGAAACGACACUGUGCUUCGACAAGUAUUACGGACUUCCGGAUCGGAAGAAAAAAUUGUUUUUCAGAUCGACAGCUUUGAACUUAAGGAGUAUUGUGGAAAGUUGCAGAAAAUUUCAGCAACUCUCGGACCAAGAUUUGGUUCAUCCGUUAAAUAAUGAUUUUGUGGAUUCGGAAGUGACCGGAUGUUUGUUGAGGUGUGUGACCAUUCGUGCCGGGCUCUACUCGGAUGUUGAGGGACCAAACGUAGACAGGCUGGAGCAGAUGUAUGGAGCUAGAUCGCUCGAACGAGACCAUUUCCGGGAUGCGGCACAGAAAUGUGUAAACAGAACGAGACUUCAACAUCCGGAAGCUUCAGCCUGUAGGUUAGCCGCAUAUUUUGUGGACCACUGUUUCGAAGAGUUGUUGCAAGAAAUCCGAGCAGCCAUUCUUGAAAUUAUCAAAUUUGAGUAA